AUCAGACCAGUUAACAUCUCGUGGAGUCAUCUGAGAAAUUGGGAAAGAAAAAGUGAAAUCUGUUUGCAAAAAUGUUGAAAUUAAUUUUCGCACUUGCUAUCAUCACCAUGGCUUUUUUGGAAAAUAUUCAAGCUCAAAGGCCCUCCUUUGCGGGCUUGAGACCACCAGGUGGACUAAGUCAAAAGGACAAAUACCACGGAACCCAAAACACAGCUGUGGAGAAUAUAACCGGUGUGGAUAUAGCUACUAGAUUCGGAGAGCCAUCCAGUUCUCAAAAGCCUGAACUUAUCAAUCUGCCCUUCGGAGCACCCCAGAGGCCACCAGUUGGAGUUCCCCUUGUGCUGCCGAUAAGCAGUUCUGCCCCUGAGCAGGUUCCAGCAGUGGCCAACCGAUUUGGAGCACCUGAUUCCGAAAAUCCAACUGCAAGUUCCCCGACCGCUAGUACCACUACCACCCCAACCCCAGUGGCCCCAGUUCUCGGCCAGCUUCCCGUCGAUGCUCACGGUGAUCGGGAGUGGGUUAACUACUUGAGCCAGCUGCCCGUGGAAAACCAACCCUUCUGGUUCAUAAACUACCAGGCCAUUGAGGCCCAUCGGAACAGCUCGAGACCCAACGUGGGCGCUCUGGAAACGCCGGGAUCUUUCUUUCGCGGUUAACAGACUCAAUGAGAUUUUACCAUAAGCGUACUUUUUACAAAUAUGUUCGAAUUUAAAUAUAGAAUUAUUUAUUUA